UACAUUUUGCUUAUCUGUGCAGAUGUCAUGAAAUUGUUAAAAAGCAAAAUUCUUCUAUCGUCAACCAAGUACGCGCCUGUUAUUGGAGAGGCGGCCUCUACAGUUUGGGAAUUUGUCGUUAAAUAUGCUACUCUCACAUACGACUCAUUGCGCUUUGGAGAGAUCGAAGAUUUCCCAGAGACCUCGGAGCCUGUCUGGAUUUUGGGACAGCAGUUCAGUGCUCUAACAGAGAAGGAUGAGAUCCUGGCAGACGUAACUUCACGUUUGUGGCUCACGUACAGAAAGAACUUCCAGCCAAUUGGUGGCACUGGGCCCACUUCAGACACCGGCUGGGGCUGCAUGCUUCGAUGUGGACAGAUGAUUCUUGGGCAGGCCUUGAUCUGCAGGCAUCUAGGUAGAGACUGGAGAUGGAGUCCAGGUCAGCGGCAGAGACCAGAAUAUAUCAGCAUUCUCAAUGCCUUCAUUGACAAGAAGGACAGCUAUUAUUCCAUCCAUCAAAUAGCUCAAAUGGGUGUUGGUGAAGGCAAGUCUAUAGGGCAAUGGUAUGGUCCAAAUACAGUGGCACAGGUACUCAAGAAACUGGCAGUUUUUGACUCCUGGAGCCGACUGGCAGUUCAUGUAGCUAUGGACAAUACUGUGGUCAUAGAGGAAAUCAAGAGGUUGUGUAUGCCGUGGCUGGAUUUCGACAGGGGUGCAUGUGCGAUUUCUGAAGAGCCUCGGGAAAUGAAUGGCGAUCUGGAGGGGGCUUGUGCUUUGGCAGAAGAGGAGACGGCUCUGUGGAAACCCCUUGUUCUGCUCAUUCCACUAAGACUGGGCCUCAGUGACAUCAACGAAGCCUAUAUUGAACCACUCAAGCAAUGCUUCAUGAUGCCUCAGUCUUUAGGAGUAAUAGGUGGAAAGCCAAACAGCGCUCACUACUUCAUUGGCUUCGUAGGUGAUGAGCUUAUUUUUCUAGACCCCCAUACCACUCAACCAGCUGUGGACCCAAACGAGGAUGGUCAGUUCCCUGAUGACUCCUACCACUGCCAGCACCCUCCCUGCCGAAUGCACAUCUGUGAGCUUGACCCCUCCAUUGCUGCUGGCUUCUUCUGUCAAACAGAGGAUGAUUUUGAUGACUGGUGUGCACAGAUUCGUAAGGUUUCAAACUGUAGAGGUCUUCCAAUGUUUGAACUGGUAGACAGUCAGCCAUCUCAUCUAAUUACCGCAGAUGUACUUAAUCUCACUCCAGACUUCUCAGAUUCAGACCGGCUCGAACGCUUCUUUGAUUCUGAGGAUGAAGAAUUUGAAAUCCUGUCUUUGUGAAGAACGGCUGCAUUUGCCAGACUUUCAAAAAUUCUGUGGUAGAGCCUCCUCAGAGGAAAGAGAAGAAUACCAUUGACGUCCAAAGCCACUGUGGCAUCGUCACCUGCGUCAAACACACAGCUUUCUUCUUAAACAGCUACACUGACUGCUCUGUGUCACCCUGAAUGAGCCGAGGUCAGGUGUCAUGGUCACAGGCACUCAGGAUCAUCAGUAUGUAUGUACUUAGUCGCAUUUAUGUGUAUCCAUAUUGAGUCUUAACACUAUACAUUGAUUUUUUUAAGUGAUAUGGUGCCUUUUUACCCCCUUAACUUAAAACACACAUUUGCCAUAACACAUUUUAUGGUUUUGGUCAAGAGACCUGCUAAUCAAAUAUGAUUUAGCAUUUACUCUCAACCAAUGAAAAUCAGUGAAAUUUUGGACCUGUAUGAAAUUGUAAAUGACAACCAAGGAAGGUUGGGCAUUUGCAGAUUGGGUAGGAUGGCUUGUGUAAUUAUACAAGUAUGAUUUUGUCUUGAUGUUUCAAAUCUCUGUACACAGGUUUAUUUUAUGAAUAUUUAUUUAAUCAUUAAAAAAAUUAAAACAAUAAUUACCUACUUUUUGUACUAUUUCACAUAGUGACAAAAAGAACAUAGUAAAAUGUAUAUAAAAAAAAAA